AUGUCCGAAGAGUGGGUAGUCCAGGCCGAGAGCUUUAAGACCGAGGGUAAUAAGCUUCUGGCUUUAAAGAAGUAUGCUGAUGCAGUGGAAAUGUACACUAGAGCAAUCGAGCUGGAUCCCGAUAAUGCAGUAUAUUACAGCAAUCGUUCAGCUGCAUAUUUAGCAAUGGGAGAUGCACGUGGCAAGGCUUUGAAGGACGCAGAAAGAUGUAUUGACCUUAAACCGGAUUGGUGGAAAGGCUAUAGUCGGAAGGGUGCGGCCGAGCAUGCUUUGCAGCGUUUUGAUGCAGCUCGUGCAACGUAUUAUGCGGGACUUAAGCUGGAACCAGAGAAUGAGUCUUUGUUACAGGCAGCAGAGGAGGUGUAUGCAGCUGGACAAGAGCACAGUAGGAUUUUAAAAGAGCGACUAAAGGAAGAGGAAAGAUUUUGCGAGGAGGUCGAAAAAAAACGACAACAAAACCAAGCGGAAGAACAGGUGAAGGAACAGCAGGAAACUAACGACGAGGACGCACUGCUGGCCGAGUUUAUGUCAGAGGUGCAAGAGCUGGAAGAAAACGUUAAUUGUGUUAAAAAGGAGGUGGAAAAAGAGAAGCAAAUCGUUGACUUUGGGACCUCCGACGUACAAGUUGAGAGACUACUGCAACCCCAUUAUAAAUGGAUCAAUUUAAAUCCAUAUCGAGUGCUUAUGUUGGAUACUGACGCGACAGAAGAAGAUAUGAAGCAGCAUUAUCGCAAGUUAUCCACUUUAGUACAUCCAGACAAAUGCCGCAAUCCUAAGGCUCGUGAUGCAUUUGAAGAGGUGGCUAAGGCGUAUGACAUUAUUACUCAAGAAGACCGACGAAAAAUGUGCAUUCGCACGAUAGAAACUGCUACAAGAAAUGUGGAAAAGGAACGACGGCAAAAAGUGAAAAAGGGCGUGAAAGAAAGUGAACUGGGCGAUUUGAAGGAUGCAGUGGAGAAGGCUGUGAUGCGAGCUUUUGCUGAGAUUGAAAAUCGACGCGUGAAUAUUGAAAAAAGAGAAGCAGCUCAGCGUCGACGGGAGGCUGAACAGGAAGAAAAGGAGCAAGCGAAAGUUGUCAACAUGUUCAAGCGAGAGCGUUCGUGGGCUGAAACCGACCGUCGUGAGCAUCGAGUUGGCAAUUGGCGAGUUUUCCAAAAGGAUGGGAAGCAGAAGAAAGUGAAUGACACACAAGGAUGGAAAGAAGAAACACGAAAUGACAAAAAGUUUGGGGAGGUAGAUAAUGAAGGGAGACUUUUACGGAGAAUGAAUUGUGAAAUACGUUUUAUUAUCGUUGCUGUGAAACGUUUGGUGACUAAAACUGCAUCUGGACGACGUUUGCAUCCGGUUAGCUCACUCCUUGUAUCCUACUCUGCCUCUGGUCUUCAAAGGACACAAUUUCUGGUGAACCAUCAAUUGAUUCCUUCACAAAUUACUAAUGAUACCCAUUACAUGCGGCGAUUGCGUUUGAAGUUACGAGAUAUUUCGGAAAUUAGUAUUGCUGACUAG